AUGUCCCCGUCGCUCGCGCUCGCUGUCUUUGUUGUCAAGGCCUACCGAGGAGUUGUGAGUGGCAUGCGCGGCGAGGACACCAUACUCCCGUCGUUCAUUGCCUUCGUCGGCAUGUCUUGGUGGGUGCUGCACUCACGGCAAACGGCUCGACAACCGGAGCAGAUCCUAACCUCAGUUUCGUGCGUGUUGAAAACAGGAAUACGCUGGGCCACCGCCUACAUCCGAUGGCGUCUGGCGGGACGGAGAAACACGCCGCCUCAGGACGGGCCUAGGCGUCCGUCGCUCAGGAUGUUCCUGCAGGGCUCUACCGGGGUGUGUGGGGUGGAUGGGCGGCCCGUGGUGAUGGUCCGGGGGCUGCCAGAGAGCUCGACGAUACUGGGAAGGCAGCUGCCCGCGGCACUGAUCGAAGCCUUUCCGGUCCCGGCUCGCGUGGCCGGCCGGUUGGUGAGGAAGAUCGUCCACGAGUGGGUUUUCCGAAGCGACGAAAGGAUCACCGGAGGUGUGUCUCAGUCACCGUCGUCGUCGGGAGAGUACGGCAGCGGCACCGGUGGCGGCAACGGCGGCGUAACGGUGUUGAGCACCAGGAGAACGUACUGUACUGACUCGUCACGGCCAAUGCUGCGGCGAUGGUCGUCGUUCUCCCCCUCGCGAUAG